CCUUGUCUGCCGCUACGCACGCACGGCACCACGCGUAUCCUAUAGUCAUUAAAGUUUAAACCGCCGACGGUCCAGCGAGCCUCGUCACUUGACGCCGGAAAAUGUGCCGAUUAGUUAAAGUGUGCAUGAAUUAGUUCUGUGUGUCCAACAUGAGUAUGAGCGAUGAACAUUCGGUACACUCUUCGGGAUUUUCGGAUAACUCCAACGCCGACCCCGGGGAUAGCCACGAAAUGCAACCCGCCGAUAUAAUAUACGUAGAUAGUGGAAUCAUGCAGCCAAAGUAUAAUGAACCUUUAGAAUUCGCGGAGGUUGAGGAACUCUUGGGGACAUCUCCCGCGCCGAGGCCUUGCACGCUGGUCUGGAGGGAUCUAACUGUACAUAUCAAAUUAAAAGAGGGAAAACUGAAGAGAUUAGUCAAUAGUGUAAAUGGAAUUGCAAAACCUGGAUCAUUGGUGGCACUAAUGGGACCAAGUGGCGCCGGUAAAACUACAUUAAUGACAGCCUUAGCACAUAGGAGUCCAAUUGGCACGGUGGUGGAUGGAGCCAUAGCAAUGAACGGUCGGCCGGUAGGAGACUUUAUGCAUCAGGAAAGCGGUUACAUGCACCAAGAUGAGCUCUUCGUUGAGAACCUUACUGUUAUGGAACAUCUUACUAUUAUGGCGCGCUUACGCAUGGAUAGGCGAACAUCAUCAUUGGCCAGGAAGAGAAGAGUGAAUCAAUUGCUUCGCCAGCUCUCACUGUAUGGAACACGACAUACUCGUAUAGGAGGGCUGGAUGGGAGAAAAACCCUCUCUGGUGGUGAGAGAAAGAGACUCGCUUUUGCUACAGAGCUUCUAACCGAUCCUGGACUUCUUUUCUGCGACGAGCCGACGACUGGCCUGGAUUCUUCAUCAGCCCAGAAGUUAAUGACCUUAUUGCGUGCGAGUGCAAUGCAAGGCAAGACGGUUAUAUGCACGAUACACCAGCCGUCUUCUGAGUUAAUGGCUCUGUUCGAUAAAUUGGUGUUAUUGGCUGAAGGAAGGGUGGCAUACGCUGGCAAUGCGUCCGGCGCGUUAGGGUUUUUUGAAAGCCUCGGCUACCAGUGCCCCAUCACAUACAAUCCCACGGACUACUUCAUCAAAGUGCUGGCUCUCACCCCCGGGUCGGAGGGAGCGUCACGACAUGCUAUCAAGAGCGUCUGCGAUAGAUUCGCUGUCAGCGACGCUGCUAAGGAAUUGGAUAUGGAGAUUCAUCUGGAAUUCCAUCUGAUUGAUAAUCAGGAUCAGGAAUCAAAGCGGACCAAAGUGAGCAGUUUUAAAGCACCGUUUUUCCACACAAAGAUUGUAUGGCUGGUUUAUCGAUAUUUGUUGAUGGUUUUGAGGGAUCCGAAUGUGCAGUUGUUACGAAUAGUGCAGAAAUUGGCUAUAGCUCUAACAGCGGGCCUGUGUUUCAUCGGCACCGCACGCCUCACGCAGGCCGGCAUUCAGGACGUGCAGGGAGCUCUUUUCAUCAUCAUAGCAGAGAACACCUUCAGCCCCAUGUACUCCAUGCUGCAUAUAUUCCCAGAGGAAUUCCCUUUGUUGUAUAGGGAGUUGCGAGCGGGACUGUAUAAUACACCCGUGUAUUAUGUAGCAAGGAUGAUUGCGUUGUUCCCAGGCUUAGUAGUAGAACCAACUCUGUUCACGCUCGUGGUGUACUGGAUCGCUGGUCUCCGCAGCACCUUCUACGCGUUCGGCUUCACCGUGUUCCUGUCCAUCUUGGUUCUCAAUGUCGCUAUUGCUUGUGGUUCCUUAUUCUCAUGUGCAUUCGGUUCGAUGCCCGUCGCGAUCGCAUACCUUGUGCCUUUUGACUACUCUCUAAUGAUGACGUCGGGACUCUUCAUCAAAUUAAGCUCAAUACCAAAGUACAUAUCGUGGAUUCGCCACCUCUCCUGGUUGAUGUAUUCCAAUGAAGCUAUGACCAUCCUCCAGUGGGACGGAGUUCAGAAUAUAACUUGCGCGCCAGAAGACAACGGGGCUCCAUGUUUGAGCACAGGCGACGAAGUUCUGAGCAUGUACGACUUUACUAGCAACGAAUUUUGGCCAGACAUUGUCGCCCUUGUUAUAUUAUACGUAGCCUUUCACCUACUAGCCCUUGUAGCUCUAAGAUACCGCACUAGGAGAAAAUAAAUACCACACUCUAGAUAAUAAUAUUCAUUGAAAUUAAUAGCGAAUGGUUUCUAUACUCAUUUGAUUACAUUCAAAUCUGAUUAAAUAGAAACUGAUUAUGCAUGCAACUCGAAUUUAAAAUGUAUUAUUUUUUGUUUAGUUUAUUGAUAGUUUUGAGAUGAUUGUAAAU